GGCCAUGUGAUUCCUGAUGACGCUAAAAGGACUUUGCAUAAAUAACUUCAUCUGUGUCAGAGUUCUGCCCAAACCUCAGCGGGGAGAGCAGAGUCUCACAGCAGACACAGAUCCUCAGUUCGGCUUUCACCACAAACUACUCAAAGAAAUGGAUCGUCUGGAAAACUCUACAGCAGCGUCAGAGCGCCUCUUCUCGUAUGCCGAGAGUGCGGCGGAGUCUCAGGCCGCCAGAGAAGGCAACGGGAACGCAUACCUCUACAUACUGAUAGUCAUGUCUUUCUAUGGAGUGUUCCUCUGCGGUAUCAUGCUUGGCUACUUUCGCUCCAAGAGGAAGGAGAAGAGGAGGAUCAACAUCUUCACGCGCCUGGUGCACGAGGAGGAGCAGAGGGAGUGGGGGGCUCUGCCCAAGAAGCCUAGCGUCCCCUUCCCGGCCACCGUCUCGGGGCUGCGAGCCAUGCAGGUUUCCCUGCCGUUUUGCGGUAACCACGGCAACCACUCCGGAGUCCUCCACCACGAGGGCUUCCUGCCAUCUCCGCUGGCUUGCGCGCUAUGCGCGGAGCAGAGCAGCGUCAGCUCCCUGUGCUCCUCCGCAGAUACGCGCCUGACCAUAGAGGAGGAGGAAGCCGACAGCGGAGCGGCGGAGGAGCCGGAGGCGAACCUGAAGGCAGCACAAGUGGCGCACAGCGGAGAUGAUUCAGGCUGAACUUUAGAUCCGAAAACUCAAAUUCAACUGCAGGACAAAAGAUGGAGGAAAAGACAACUUGAGGGAAAAUCAAAAUGGCCUCAAAUGCGUUAUUAUUGGGACCCUAAAGGGGUCAGUGGGCAGCUGUGCAGUCCUAAUUUUGUUAGUGAAACUCAAAUCAUCAUCCGUGCCAUAUGUAUGGGAGAGAAACGACGAGGGUCUAGAUCACAGAUCCACAUUUUGUUUUUGUUUUUAUGCUUGUACCAAACGUAAAUUGCUGCUUUUAGCCUUAUGACAAGUUCAGCACAACGCCACACCUUAACACACACAGGUCAUAUCAGCUGCAAAAUUCCAACUCUGUCAAAAAGCAGAAUAACAUGCAAAGGACAAUAUACCAGUUUUUUGUUAGAUAUUAAAGGCAGUUCUUUUUGACUAGUUAAUAUUUCAGUGUGUGAAUGAUGGGCUCUUUUUGCGGUGCCUCCCUCCUUGCUGUUAAAACCCCUCGCCCCUCCCUGCUGCUGCCACCUCACUGGUUUGGGCUGAUGACUCAUCCUGCAGGAGACUUGGAUGGAAGACUGGUUUUGUGUUUUGUUCUUCAGCAGAACUUGACCUGUUCCGGCCGACACAGGUCUCAAGUACUGAAACAUACCUGGAACCCACUUGAAAGUUCUGUCCGAAAUGAAAUGAGUCUAUUACAGCUUCAUGGUGGACGAAUAUCUGUUCACAAACAAGCACUAGAUUAGGUUUACUUGAUUAACGCAACGCACUGUAGGAUAUAUAAAUGUUUGUAUUUGUCACUUCUACAGUUUUAAUUUAAAAUGGAGACUUUUAGAGUGUUCAUGGAAACAAUAAAUGUGUUUGAAAUGGAA